AUGUCGUCUCGCCACCGUAUUGAUCACGAUGGAAGCGGACGGGAUCGUCGUCGUGACCAUUCCAGGGAUCGAAAGGAAAGGAGAAGGUCUCGUUCUCCUUUGAAGAGGAGGUCGAGAUCCCGAUCCCCGAAGCGUGAGCCUGUCGAUCAGAAGCCUGCCCGUGCUGCCAUGAACCCGCUGAACAAUCAACCACUCUCGAAACGGUACUGGGACAUCUACGAGAAGCGCUGUAAGCUACCUGUUUUUGAAUACAAAGAAGCGUUCCUUGAAACGUUGCACAACAACCAAUGUCUGACACUUGUCGGAGAGACUGGUUCCGGGAAAACGACCCAAAUCCCUCAAUGGUGCCUAGAAUAUGCUAGAAAACAUGCGAUCCCCGGCAAAAGGAGCCUUGUCGCUUGUACACAACCUCGGCGAGUGGCUGCCAUGUCCGUUGCCACGCGUGUCGCUGAUGAAUUGGAUGUGCAGAUCGGACAAGAAGUCGGUUACUCUAUUCGUUUUGAAGAUUGCAUCAGUGAGCGGACAAUCCUGAAGUAUUGCACUGAUGGUAUGUUGCUUCGAGAGGCCAUGAAUUGCCCAUUACUCGAAAACUAUUCGGUCCUAAUCCUUGACGAAGCUCACGAAAGGACAUUGGCCACUGAUAUCCUAAUGGGUCUCAUUAAAGAAAUUGUCAAGCAAAGGAAAGACAUUAAAGUCGUUAUUAUGUCUGCCACUUUGGACGCUGGCAAAUUCCAGACCUAUUUUGACAAUUGCCCAUUAAUGUCGGUACCCGGUCGCACAUUCCCGGUCGAAAUCUUCUUCACCCCAGAACCGGAAAAGGAUUACCUUGAGGCAGCUAUCCGCACUGUUGUACAGAUCCAUAUCUGUGAGGAGAUUGAAGGAGACGUUUUGCUCUUCCUCACCGGUCAGGAAGAAAUUGAAGAAGCCUGUCGAAGGAUCAAGACUCAAAUCGACAACCUCGGCCCAGACGUCGGAGAAAUGAAAUGCAUUCCGUUGUAUUCGUCGCUGCCGCCAGCCAUGCAACAAAAGAUUUUCGAGCCGGCACCUCCGAAAAAACCAAAUGGAGCCAUUGGACGUAAGUGCGUUAUCUCGACAAAUAUCGCUGAAACGUCUCUGACAAUCGAUGGAGUCGUUUUCGUGAUUGAUCCGGGUUUCGCGAAGCAGAAAGUAUACAAUCCGCGUAUUCGAGUCGAGUCACUGCUCGUCUGCCCAAUUUCAAAGGCUUCUGCUAUGCAGCGAGCUGGUCGUGCCGGUCGUACGAGACCAGGAAAGUGCUUCCGUCUUUAUACGGAGAAAGCCUACAAUGAAGAUAUGCAGGAACAAACUUACCCAGAAAUCCUCCGUUCGAAUCUGGGAUCAGUUGUGCUGCAGCUGAAAAAGCUUGGCAUUGAAGAUCUUGUCCAUUUUGACUUCAUGGACCCGCCGGCACCAGAAACUUUGAUGCGUGCGCUCGAAUUGUUGAACUAUCUAGCUGCAAUCAAUGAUGAAGGAGAUUUGACGGAACUUGGAUCAUUAAUGGCCGAAUUCCCACUUGAUCCACAGCUGGCCAAGAUGCUAAUCACAAGCACGGAACUGUGCUGCAGCAACGAAAUCCUCUCAAUUGUGGCUAUGCUUUCCGUGCCACAGUGCUUUGUUCGACCAAGCGAGGCCCGUAAAGAAGCAGAUGAAGCGAAAGCACGCUUCGCUCAUGUUGACGGAGAUCACUUGACUCUACUGAAUGUCUACCACGCAUUCAAGCAGAAUCGCGACGAAACACAAUGGUGUUAUGAAAACUUUAUCAACUACAGAACGAUGAAAAAUGCCGACAAUGUACGUCAACAAUUAGCAAGGAUUAUGGACAAAUUCAAUCUGCGACGCAUCAGUACGGAUUUCAAGAGCAAGGACUACUACGUGAAUAUUCGAAAAGCCCUGGUGGCCGGCUUUUUCAUGCAGGUCGCUCAUUUGGAGAGGAAUGGUCAUUAUGUGACUGUGAAGGACAAUCAGAUCGUCAAUCUUCAUCCCUCCUCGGUCCUUGAUCACAAGCCGGAAUGGGCCCUCUACAAUGAGUUUGUGCUCACCACCAAGAACUUCAUCCGUACGGUGACGGACAUCAAGCCCGAAUGGCUACUAUCAAUCGCGCCCCAGUACUACGAUAUGCCGAAUUUCCAGGAUGGAGAGGUGAAGCGGAAGCUGCAAUACCUUGAGAAAACUAUUGCUUCUAGGGGAUAU